AUGGUGUACCUUACCAAGAUCCUCUUACUUGCUUCAACUGCUGCUGCCAUCAUCCUCCCCCGCGAUGCGACCACAGUUGAGAACGACAUAAACCAAAGAAUCGGCCCUCAAUGGACUACCCUCAGAAACAACAUAGAUAGCUAUCCUGCGAGUGGCUUACAAGGUGCAUUUAAUAUUCAUGACUAUGUACAGAGUCUCGUUGUUAUCACAAAUGAGGCGACUUCCAACGUCAACGCCGCCGGCUCGUUUUCAGAAGCAGACGGCACCACUAUCCUCACAGACUUAGAGUCUCUCGCCCCCACGUUUCUUGGCGCACUCUCGGCUAUAGGAGAUCAGGCGCCGGCUUGGGGUGAUUUGCGAGGUGGACAAGCUGUGAUUCUUAGUGAUUUGCACAGUCUGAAUUCAUCUUUUAUUGACUUUGUCAACGCGCUAACAGCAGCCUCGCCUGCUGACCUUGUUCCUGCAGCUAUGAGUGUUGGAGCACAAGUGGCAGAUGGUUUCAAUAGCGCUAUUGCCGCCUAUUCCGAUUAG